UUUGUUUUGUUUUAACGCACCGAUACAUGUUAGCGCGCGCCAACGUAUUCUGUUAUACUCAAAAUGGUCAUGUUAAGCACACACUGCGUCUGUUAGUGCGCUGUUAAAAGAGAAGAUACCCAAUAGGAAAUACGCGCAAGCAGCAGACAAUGUGUAGAAAGCUCAAGCAGCCGGCCGGCGCAAUUGUUGCGUGGCCUUUGAAUGAAUGUUUGUGGCAUGCGGAUUUCAGUUGCCGUUCAACUGCCGCGAAUUCAGAACGUCCCACGCGGAUGACAACAUUAUUUGUGUGGCGCGCAACUCAAAACCAAUGUUGCGAAACUCACAAUUGUUAAACGCUACGCUUUAUUGUGAACAUAAAAAAAUAAGUUGUGAAUGAAAAAAAAGUGGCGGCAAUCAAAUGAAAAAAAAAUGAAACAGAAUUUCAAUGUGACAUCAAAUUAAAGUACAUAACAUUAAUAAUAACAAGUGUGUGUGUACUGCAAGUGAACAUAAAAGGCUUUUAAAAAAAGAGAGUAAAAAGACGCACUUAGUUGUUGUAGUUGCUGGUUUGUUAUCACCACUUGGAAGUGCGUGCCGCUUAAGAGCCAAUUUAAGUGGCAGGCAUUUAAUCAAGUAAACUCGACUCGCCGCAUUGUCACUGAGCGGGAGUAGGAGGAGUAGGAGGAGGCGACGCGGCGGCGUCCUUCACAUGCCACAAGGUGGCAAGCACAGCUUCCCCUGGAGUGGAUCUCAUUGUUAGCUGCGCGCACAUUUUCAAAAUUCCCAGUGAAAACAUUGCCAUAAAUUAACAACUAAUUCAAUUAACUGCUGGCAACGUCAACGAGGCAACGUUGCUGCCUCCCAGUUGCCACUGUUGCACUGUUGCAGGAUAUGCGACAAGUUGCUUAGAGGCAACACCAACACCCCUCCAACUCCGCUUCCCCUUCAGCCCUACAAAUAACUCAUUCCGUGCAACAAUAUGGCUGAGCAGAGCAGCAACAGCAGCGUUGGCAGCGGUGGCAGCAACAGUGCCGCCGAGAGUGGACCCGACUUUGAUGCCCUGCGUGCCGCCUGCAAUGCACGUCUCAACGACAGCGGCCAAGAGCUGGCAGGCUCCCACUGUGCGGGCACCUUUGAUGGCUGGCUUUGUUGGCCCGACACACCCGCUGGCACAUCCGCUUACGAGCUGUGCCCGAACUUCAUCACCGGCUUUGAUCCGACAAGAUAUGCGCACAAGGAGUGUGGCGAUGAUGGCGAAUGGUUCAGACAUCCGUUGAAUAACAAAACCUGGUCGAAUUACACCACCUGCGUUAAUAUGGACGAUUUUAUAUGGAGUCACAAUGUGACCCUGAUCUAUGAGGUGGGCUAUGGCAUCUCCUUGCUGGCCAUACUCCUGUCCUUGGCCAUACUGGGAUACUUUAAAUCUUUAAAAUGUGCCCGCAUCACGCUGCACAUGCAUUUGUUUAGUUCAUUUGCGGCCAACAACUCGUUGUGGCUCAUUUGGUAUCUGGUGGUUAUAGCCAACCCGGAAAUGGUGCAAAAAAGUCCGGGCUAUUGUGUGGCACUUCACAUAAUACUGCACUAUUUUCUGCUGACCAACUACUCGUGGAUGCUGUGCGAGGGUUUCUAUCUGCAUACGGUGCUGGUGGCCGCUUUCAUUUCCGAGAAAAAGCUGGUCAAAUGGUUGAUUGCCUUCGGAUGGGGCUCGCCGGCUAUUGUCAUUUGCAUCUAUGGGCUGGCACGCGGUCUCACUGGCAGCAACGAGCAAAAUCAACACUGCUGGAUGUUUGACAACAAUUUCAACUACAUAUUGAUGGUGCCCGUCUGCAUUUCGAUAUUCCUCAAUUUACUGUUCCUCUGCAACAUUGUUCGUGUCGUGCUGCUCAAACUAAAUGCUCCUGCCAGCAUCCAAGGCAGCUGUGGUCCAUCCCGCACCGUCCUUCAGGCAUUUCGGGCUACACUGCUGCUAGUGCCGCUGCUGGGUCUUCAGUAUAUGUUAACACCAUUUCGCCCAGACCGCGGACAUCCCUGGGAGAAUACAUACCAAGUCAUCUCCGCGUUUACAGCCUCAUUUCAAGGACUGUGUGUGGCGACAUUGUUCUGCUUCUUCAACGGUGAGGUGAUUGCCCAAGUGAAGCGCAAGUGGAGGACGCUCUGCUUUAGCAAUCGGCCACGAACCAACUCCUAUACAGCCACUCAGGUCUCGUUCGUGCGUUGCGGUCCGCCAAUGCCUGGCGAGGAGAAGGUAUGACUAAAGGACUUGUCGUCAUCGGCCAAGCGACGCGCCUCCGCGCCUCAUCGCCAACAGCAACAGCAACAACACCAGCAACAUCAGCAACAUCAGCAGCAGCAGCAGGAGAAUCAACGUGAACGCAGCCAGAGUAUGGCAUUGGCAGGUUCAACGUCCACAACGUUGCGCUUUAUCGAUGGUUGGCGCAAUAAAAUGCAUUUUCUGCGCCGCCAGACCAUCGAUAAUUCGCACCAAACACAGCCGCUUAUGGAGGAAACAGCUGGACACACAAUGCAACUGCAACUGACAGCUAAUAUGCAGUCAGAGACGCAUGUGGAGGCAGAGUCGAUGGUGCAGCCGACGCUGAUGACGACAAUAGCGGAAGAUGCCGCCGAAGCAGCAACAGUUGCAGCUACAACUACAACAGCAACAACGAGCGUUGCAACUGACCAGCUACUAAAUGGCAGCAGCAUGAGAUUGGGCAUGGAAAUGGGCAUGGGUGUUGUCAUUGUCAGCAUGGAUGCAGUUGCGGAUGCGAAUCAACAGCACAUUGCCGAUGAGGCGCUUUAAUGCCAUACCAUACUCCAGUACUCAAUAGAUGGUCACAAUGCUUCAAACAUAAUCUCAUAGUCUAAGCAACGAAACAAAG